CGUUUCCUCCCUCCAGACAGCAGAUGGCGAUAUGUGUCUUUCAGGCGAUGUUUCCAGUGUGACGUAUAAUCUAGUGGACGGAACGCUUCUUCAACAACUGCAGCCACCUCGGUAGCUCGCUAGCCAACAAAGUCGGAACAUUACAUAUAUUUAGACAUUUUCGUGGUUUAUUUGACGCUAUGAUUUAAACAUACUUAUGUGUAAACAACUAGCUACCCCAUUUAAUUAUAUAUUUACAUUGUUUGUCAGCUAGCUGGUUUGCUAAGUUAGCUUAGAACUAGGCUAGUCGCUAAUGCUAGCAAGCUAACAUCCCCGACCAUGAGUUCACUAAGCUACUCUCCUCCUGAUAAAGAAGAGGUCUGCUGGACGGAGAAAGAAGCUUUCGUGAAAGAGGAGGAGGAAGAGAAGGCUGUUACAAUACAAAUACAAGUAGAAGGUGAGACUGUUACCGUGAAAGAAGAGGAAGACGUUUCAGUUAAAGAAGAGGAGGAAGAUUCCGUUUUUGGAGUGGAGGAGGUUACUGUGAAAGAAGAUGAAGACGUUUUUGGAAUGAAGGAAGAAGAGGGGGAGAUUACUGUCACAUUAGAGGAGGAUGAAGAAGAGAAGACUGGAGAACUGAUUAACACCAGAGAGAGACGUGACUAUCGUGGAUCCUCUGGGGAGCCUCAACAACAUCAUGAUGCUGACAGGGCAGAGAAGAGUCUCUCCACAUCAGAACACCUCAGUAAACACCUGCGGAGAUCCACAAGGAAGAGAACUCACUGCUGCUCUGAUUGUGGGAAAUGUUUAAAAUCUUCAUCAGAACUUAAAAUGCACCUGAGAAAUCACACGGGAGAGAAACCUUACUGCUGCUCUGUCUGUGGGAAGAGUUUUACUCUGUCAACCCGCCUGAUAUCACACCAGAGAACACACACAAGAGAGAAACCUUAUAGCUGUGAUCAAUGUGGAAAGAGUUUUCCUCUGGUAUUGAACCUGAUAUCACACCAGAGAACACACACAGGAAAGAAAUCUUAUAGCUGUGAUGCAUGUGGGAAGAGUUUUCCUCUAGUAAGAAACCUGAUAUCACACCAGAGAACACACACAAGAGAGAAACCUUAUAGCUGUGAUCAAUGUGAGAAGAGUUUUCCUAAGUCUAGCUAUCUAACUAGACACCAGAGAACACACACAGGAGAGAAAUCUUAUCACUGUACUCAAUGUGGGAAGAGUUUUGCUCGUUCUAGCUGUUUGAAGAGACACCAACAAACACACACAGGAGAGAAACCUUUUAGCUGUAAUCAAUGUGGAAAGAGUUUUACCCAGUCAAGAAGCCUGAUAUCACAUCAGAGAACACACACAGGAGAGAAACAAGAGAAACCAUAUAGCUGUACUCAAUGUGGGAAGAGUUUUGUUCGUUCUAGCAGUCUGAAGGUACACGGUAGAACACACACAGGAGAGAAACCUCAUAGCUGUGAUCAGUGUGACAAGAGAUACUCUGAUAAAAGAUAUCUGAUCAAACAUCAGAAA